UUUAAUUUUAUAAGCUUCGGCGACUUCGUCAUAAACCCUAAACCUCUGUUCCUGAGCAGAAAUCUGAGAGGGAAAUGCUUGCCAUAGCAGCGAGAGAACUUUCGCCAUCAAAGCUUAAACCUUUCUUCACUAUCUCUCACGUCUUCUUACAAUCGCCCAGAAUCAGAGGAACAAACUCUUCGAUUUCAAGAUUUUUCUCUCCGUUUCUCCAUCACCCUCACUGGAACAAGACACCGGAAUCGCCAUCAUUCUCGGCGUCUUGCUUCUGUUCCUCUUCGACUUCUUCUUCUUCCUCUUCCUCCUCUGAUUUUUUGCCCCUAACCCGUGAUGGGAAUUACGACGAUGCCACUCCGGUCACCGCCGUUUGUCCCGGUUGCGGCAUCCACGUGCAGGACUCCGACCCGAAGCACCCGGGUUUCUACAUCAGACCCUCCAUGAAGAAGCAGAAGAGCGAUCUGAAUCGGAUUCUCAAAUCGAAUCGUCAUCUCGUGCCCGUUUCGCAGGAGACCGAGUUCACCGAUUCGAUCAAACGCGGGUUGAUUGUUGAACCCAGAAUCGUUGACCCGGAUUCGAAAGAGGAAGCGGAGCCGGAGAGCGCAGAUGGGAGACCAGUGGUGUGCGCGAGGUGUCAUUCGCUGAGGCAUUACGGGAAAGUGAAGGACCCGACGGUGGAGAAUCUUCUUCCCGAUUUCGAUUUCGACCACACCGUCGGACGGCGACUCGGGUCGCCUUCCGGUGCGCGAACCGUCGUGCUUAUGGUAGUGGACGCGUCGGAUUUCGACGGAUCGUUCCCCAAGAGGGUCGCGAAGCUCGUGUCGAGAACAAUCGACGAGAAUCAAACGGCGUGGAAGGAGGGCAAAUCCGGGAACAUCCCCAGAGUCGUUCUCGUGGUGACGAAGAUCGAUCUUUUGCCGAGUUCGUUGUCACCGACUCGAUUCGAACAUUGGGUCAGGCAGAGAGCUCGUGAGGGAGGGCUAAGUAAGAUCGCUAAGCUGCAUUUCGUUAGCCCUGUGAAGAAUUGGGGAAUCAAGGAUCUUGUGGAAGAUGUAGCCCAGAUGGCGGGAAAGAGGGGCCAUGUCUGGGCUGUCGGAGCUCAGAACGCUGGAAAAAGCACUCUGAUCAAUGCUGUCGGGAAGGCUGUGGGCGGGAAAGUGACGCAUUUGACGGAGGCUCCGGUUCCAGGCACGACAUUGGGGAUCAUCAGAGUUGAGGGUGUUUUGCCGUUUCAGGCGAAGCUGUUUGAUUCUCCGGGGCUGUUGAAUCCGCAUCAGAUCACGACAAGGCUCACGAGGGAGGAACAGAAGCUUGUUUAUGUUAGCAAGGAACUAAAGCCAAGAACUUACAGAAUCAAGGAAGGUUACACCAUCCACAUUGGUGGGCUCAUGAGACUUGACAUUGAUGAACUUUCCGUAGAUUCCGUAUAUGUAACGGUAUGGGCAUCUUCCUAUAUUCCGCUACAUAUGGGGAAGAAGGAAAAUGCUCACAAGAUUCUCCAGGACCAUUUCGGUCUCCAGUUGCAGCCUCCCAUAGGACAAAACCGGGUUCAGGAGCUGGGAAAAUGGGUGAGGAAGGAAUUCCGGGUGAAGGGGGACAAUUGGGACGCCAGUUCAGUAGACAUUGCUGCUUCGGGACUAGGGUGGUUUGCCAUUGGACUCAAAGGCGAAGCGAUACUAAGCGCUUGGACCUACGAAGGGAUCGACCUCUUCGUGCGAAACUCUCUUCUUCCACAACGCUCUCAGACUUUCGAAGAUUCGGGUUUCACUGUCUCGAAGGUUGUUGCAAAGGCAGAUCAGUCUUUGAUUCAGAUGCAGAAGGAAACACAGAAGAAACAGAGGCAGAAUGAUGGUAAUAACCCCGAGCCAAGGAGCAGUUCUAAUUCUUUUACGGCGCCAUCUAUGACGUGCUAAUAUCGGAAAUGGCCCCCCGCUGGAUGGCGUUUUCGUAAAAUGUGGCUUGUAUUUCCGGAGGCCAUUGCUCAAGAAAAGUGGUAACGUGCUUUGUGUUUGAUUAAGAAUAAGACGUUUCGGGUUUUAAAAGCACACUUGGAGAUUGAACCAGAAAUGAGAACCCUUAUGUUUUAUGUGUAUCUGUAUUCCUAAUUUGAUUGUUUGGUAAUUUUAUGAUAUCUCAAUCUUUGAGGUAACAAACUUAUUUCAA